AUGGCGCCCAUGCAACCAAGUCUUGGCCCACCUAGGGAUGAGCCUAGGGUGUUUGGGCUUGACAAGUUCAACGGUGACAACUUUGCUGAAUGGUCCUUCAAGAUGGAGAACAUCUUUGACCACUAUGACCUGCUGGAGGUGAUGGAAGGAACGGAGAAGCGCCCCGAGAACGACCCGGAGAAGAGCCCGUGGCUAUCCUUCAAGAGGAUUUCCGCCGCCGUGAGUUGGCGAGUGCGGAUGGCGCUGGGGCAGCGAGCAUCGGCCGUGGAUAUGGUCGAGGAAGAGGCAGAGGACGAGGGGGAGGAAGGUUUGGUGGCAGCAACUUCGGCGGAGGCCGCAGGAGUGGCGGUUACGGCAGCGACGACAAGAGAUACGGACGCGGUCGCGGCCGAUUCGACGGCGAGUGUCACUAGUGCCACAAGAGCGGACACAUGUGGCGCGACUGCUACAAACUCCCUGAUGGUUGGACCCCUGCUCAAGGCCAAGAGGGUAGAGGAGCAGGAGGAGGGAGAGGACAAGGCCGUGGAGGCCGUGGCGGUCGCGGUGGCGGAGCUGCAAACAUGA